UCUCACUUCACUUCUCAGCGGAGUUUUUACGUGAGCGGCUCAACGGAGGGGUCUGGAAGUAUUUUUGUGGGGAUUUUUUUUCUUUCUUCCGUCUAAACAGAUUAUUCUGCACUGCGUAUCUCCGUCCUACAUAUGUGUUUGGGUUUUGCGAGGUGAAUUUCUGAGUUUUUCCACUGUAUUUUCCUGUAUCCAGACAUGCAGCCUCCUCCAAGAAAGGUAAAAGUCACACAAGAGGUGAAACAGACUCACACAGAGCAGCUGAACAGACUCCAGCUCAAACACCAGACAGAUUUGGACUUCCUAGAGGAUCUGAGGACAUACAGCCAGAAGAAAGCGCUAAUAGAGAAAGAUUACUCGCAGGCUCUGCAGAAGCUUGCAUCACAGUAUAUGAAGCGAGAGUGGUCUGGAGCCCCGUCAGAGGAGCAGAAAGACUCCAGAAAUGUUUGGACCGUAUGGCGAUCCUACUUGGAGGGUGUGAUGAAAGUGAGCCAGUCUCGUAUCAACGGAUGUGAGAACUACAGAAGCCAGAUCUCAGAUCCUGUGAAGACAUUCAGAGCACAGAAAGACCUUCAGCUGAAGAAGUGCUGCGAACAGCUGGCAAGAGCUCAGGCCGAUCUGCAGGUCACGAUCAGAGACCUGGAGAAGAACAGGAAGACCUACCAGGAGGCGGAACAAACAGCGCAGACUGUGAGAGAGAAAGCUGAUAUGGAGGCUAAGUCAAGGCUCAGUCUGUUUCAGUCACGCUCCAGUUUGAAGAGGGCGAGUGUGAAGCUGAAAGCCAAGAAGAACGAAUGGAAGUCCAAAGCCACACAAGCGAGGAAUGAUUACCUGCUCUCACUGUCAGCCACUAACGCUCAUCAGGACCGCUAUUAUGAGACAGAUCUGAUCAGCUGCAUAAGGGUUUUAGAUGGCAGUUUCUACGAUCACGUACAGAGUUUUCUGAUUUCACUGUGGAAGACAGAGCUUGAGACAUCUCAGAGCAUUCAAGACACUUUUCAGUGCCUGCUGGAGACUUCCAGUGGGGUGACACAGGAUAUUCACCAACAGAUAUUAAUUCAGGACAACCCAGUGUUUCAGAAAGCUGCCCCCUUUCAGUAUCAGCCCUGUGAAAAUGAUUCGGUCAGGGAGCUGCUGAAGGAGAGUGGCACGGCUGAAGAACACAGUCUGAAUAAAGAAGCACGGAAAUGGGCCACACGUGUGGCCAGAGAACACAAAAACAUCAUCCUUACACAGCGGACUCUUUUGGAGUAUGAAGAGUCACAUCUACAGGAGCAGAAUAACAAUGAGCUGGAGCUGAAAAUGGAUGAUGCAAGAGAAUGCAUUCGGAAAUCAGAGACGGUGAAACUGAAGGCAGAGGCGCGUCUGAACCUCCUCAGAGACAUUGGUGUGGCUGUAGAUGUCUGGCUGAAGAGUGCCAUGAACCAAGUGAUGGAGGAACUGGAGAACGAGAGAUGGGCGGGCCUCAAUACCCACGAUGCUUCAUUCUCUCACUCUGUAGAUGUUGACAAAGAAGAUGAUGAGGACACAGAGACGCUGGACGACAGCAGCUCCAGCCCCUCCAGCACUCACAGGAACUACCCUCUCACCUGCUCUGUGCUGUACUGCUAUCAGGCAUCUCAGUCUGAUGAGCUCACAAUCCAGGAACAAGAGAUACUGGAGCUUAUUGAUGAUGGAGACAUGGAGGACUGGGUUAAGGCUAGGAACAGAGCAGGGCAGGUGGGAUAUGUACCAGAGAAAUACCUGCAGCUUCCGACCUCCAGCUCUCUACUGAGGAUGCUCCAGUCUUUCUCCAGCAUGGACUCCCAAUCACACACCUCCAGCACUUCUGCAGAACAAGAGCCAGAAAUAGAGACACUCACCCAGAGCAGCCCGAACACUCAUGGCAGCCCAGUAAAUCUGGCCAGGGCUUUGUACGCCUAUGAGGCUCAGACAGAGGAUGAGUUGUCUUUCCCAGAGGGAGCCGUAAUUUGCAUUCUCAGCAAACACAACCAAGAAGAUGAUGGCUUCUGGGAGGGCGAGUUCAACGGAGCAGUGGGCGUCUUUCCCGCAGUGUUAGUGGAGGAUCUAUGCAGAACGGAGAGUGCACAAGCACACAAGAGCAUGAAUGUACAGGUUUAUACACGUACUAUCGGAAAACACUGGCCACAUAGAAAAAGUAUUUUGUUCAUGUUUACAGCAAGCCUAUGUUCAAUGCUGAAAUGUUUUGUAAUAACUGUUUCUUACCACCAGGUGUCUCUGUCAGUUUUGGAUCAACCAGCUUGUCCACCCACUGUGUUUCCAUCCUGUAGCAGUCCAGAAUCUGUCCCACUGCCAUCUUUGACCAGCACACUCAUUUUAAAUGGCUAUCAAACCCCAGAACCCCCCAAAAUCUCGAGCCACAGUCACACCCACACCCCAUCACCCAGAUCCCCAGGAGAGGGCGGGUCGGGCCUGAGACCUGUAAGAACUGCUCCUCCUCCACCCAAACAGCAGGCGCAGGGCCAGGUGCAGAAGAGAGAAGAGGUGGAGAUUACACUGGUUUGAGUGACACUUUGGGACACAUUUUACAAACGUCGUCAUGCUGGGAUGCACUGCGUGAAUUUGUUCCGAUGCAGGGUGGACGUUCUGAAACUUCUUGAAGAUAGAGAUGCACAAGCUGAUGAGUCCUUAAGUGGUUCUGGACCUCCUCCUCCAGUAUGUUUUUGACAAGGCCCAAAUGUGUUAAUGAAUGGACAUGCAAAAGCAGGCUUUACUAGAGAUACAAAUAGACUUUAAAGGGAAAAGUGGCAAUUUCAGUGUUGACUUUCUAUGUAUGAUUAUAUAUUCUGUCCAUAAACAAUUUUAGGGCUAACAUGUUUAGAUGCAUAUUGUAGUUUUGGCUAAUCUGUACCUUUAUUGUCAGUAUUUUAAUCAUCUGAUCAGUCAUUAUUUGAAUGAAUAUUCACUUUGUAGGUAUUUUAUAUUUCAUCAGGGUAAACAACCUGAGCACUUUAGAUUUAGUUUGUAAUGUAUUACAGUAUUUACUUUUAUUUUGGAAAUUCUUGUUUUCUUUUUGUUGUCAUGUUCUUUAAUUUAAAAGAGACAUGUGGAGAUGGUGAGAAACAUUAA